GGCGCCUGCUUCUGUUGGUCGAGUUCCUUGUCGUACCUGGAAACUAGUUUGGGAGCACAGGUUACCCAAGAUAUCAAUGUCAUGAGUCUGGCAUAGUGAGGACUUCAUUCCCCCGUGACUUUUGAUUUUUAUCUACGGCUCUUCGCGGAUGACACGACUUUGUAUACGGUAAUCAAUGGAUAGGUGAUGCCUCUCUCCUACAAUGCGACCUGAUAAGCAAAUGUUCUUUAACUUUGACAAGUGCAAAGUUCGGUGUCCUAGAAGUCACGGAGACGACGACGAAGGUGACGAUAGUGGCGAUGGUGAUGUCGGCGAAAUUGGUUACAGCGGUGAAAGAGGCAGCGGUAAUGAUCAUCAUGGAUUUUUCGCAAUGA